GGUGUCCGGCUGCUCUCGCGAGAGGAUGCGAGACUUCCGCCUGCGAGCCCGCGCAUCGCUGAGCUCCGGAAGCGGAAGCCCAACUUGGAGGGCGGGCCCAAGUGCCUCAGGUACCGCCGGCGAAGAGAAAGAAGGAGGCGGCAGCCGCGACCCGCUUGGCAGGUUUUAAGCACAUUUGGUGGCAAGAUGAUAGAUCCAAUUGAAAGCAAUUUGUUUGAUCUUCCUGAUUAUGAACACACCCAGGAUGAGACCUUUCAGCCUUUGCCACCUCCAGACUCUCCAGGGAGGGCAGCUGAAGAUGCCUUAGUCAAUGGAGAUCCAGAGGGAAAUCAGUUGCCACAAAGCAAGGAUUUCUCUGUGUCCACGAGAAGAGCUGUUAAAAGAACAAUACCUAAAUUAGAUGCUCAAAGAUUAAUUUCAGAGCGAGGACUACCAGCUUUGCACAAUUUGUUUGACAACGUAAAAUUCAAAGGUAAAGGUCAUGAGGAAGCAGACCUUAAGAUGCUUAUAAGGCAUAUGGAACAUUGGGCUCACCGGCUCUUCCCUCAACUUCAGUUUGAAGAUGUUGUUGACAGAAUAGAGAGCUUAGGAAAUAAAAAACCUGUUCAGGUAUGCUUAAAGAAAAUUCGACUUGAUCUCCCCCUUUUGAAUGAAGACUUUGGAAAUAAUGAAGGUGAAGAUGAGGGCACCAGUAGACUUAACCCAGCCACUGAGGAAUCAGAUUUCCUUUCUGAAACGCAGAAUAUGAGAGAACAAUUUGGCUCAUCUUUAAGUACCACACUAACAGAGGAGCAACAGCAGAGAAUUGAAAGGAACAGACAAAUAGCCCUUGAAAGAAGACAAGCAAAAACGCAGUUCAGUCAAUCGCAGGAUGAUGAGUUGCCUACAAAUGAAGAGUACAGCACCGUUAUGGCUCAAGAAAAGGAAGAUGUCUGCAUAGAUCCAGGUGGUGUCCCUUUUCAAGCUACUGAGAAGAUGCAGACUAGUAUAGAUCAAUGACCUUUCAGCUGUU